GUCAGGUUUGCUGCUGCUGCAGAAAUGGAGGAGUUUGGAGUCACCCCAGGUCAGCGCGUGGCCGUCAUCUGGGACAGCUCCUCGCCGGUUGAAGCCCUGAAGGAUUUGGUGGAUAAAAUUCAGGCGCUGGUGGGAGCUGAUAAUCGUGUCUCUGUGGAAAACAUUAACCAGCUGUCUCAGUCGGCUCACAGGGAGUCCAGUUUCGAUGUAAUUCUCUCUGGCAUGGUACCAGGCAGUACGGCGCAGCACAGUGCGGAGGUAUUGGCAGAAAUAGCUCGGAUACUUAAGCCGGGGGGCCGUGUCCUCCUGAAAGAACCAGUGGUUACAGAAUCAGGAAACUAUGGCAGAAUCCAGACAGCAGCCAAACUCCCCACAGCUCUGACUCUCUCUGGGUUGGUGGAAGUGAAGGAGCUGCAAAAGGAAGCAUUGACCCCAGAGGAGGCUCAGUCGGUCCAAGAGCAUUUGGGUUACCAAGGCAAUGACCUUCUCAUUGUUCAGAUAGAAGGCAGGAAGCCCAAUUUUGAAGUGGGAUCCUCAAGUCAGCUCAAACUUUCCUUUGCCAAGAAACCUGAUCCUUCAAGAAAACCCUCUGUGGACCCAGCCACUGCCAAGUUGUGGACGCUCUCUGCUAAUGAUAUGAAUGAUGAAGAGAUGGAUCUUCUGGACUCUGAUGAGCUGUUGGAUUCAGAGGAUUUGAAAAAGCCAGAUCCAUCAUCCCUCAGAGCUCCAUCCUGCAAAGAAAUGGGCAAAAAGAAAGCCUGCAAGAACUGCACCUGUGGCCUGGCUGAAGAACUGGAACAGGAGAAGAAAAGCUCACAGCCCAAAUCUGCUUGUGGAAAUUGCUACUUGGGGGAUGCGUUCCGCUGUGCCAGCUGCCCUUACCUGGGGAUGCCUGCUUUCAAGCCUGGGGAGAAGAUUCUCCUGAAAGAGAACCAGCUGCAUGAUGCCUAACAGAGAUGUCUCUGGAUGUCCUGCAAAGGAUUCCUCUGCUUUUCCAUCAGUCUUCCUGCCGUCCUCCUCAUCUUCUCAAACU